AUGCGUGAUCUUUUGGUUUGUUGUUCGGGGAUGAAUAUGUUUUCUGUCUCAAUUGAUUUAUGGAUCUUCUUGGUUGUCUAUUACGGUUUUGGAAGUCAAAGAACCAUGGGACAGGACUAUAGCUACACUCAGCCUUCGUCAUCAGAUGAGUUUGACAUGACCUCCUUACUUCAAGAAGAAGCUGACCUCUACCAGGAUGAAGCUGAGAGUGGGUACGCUACUGGAGAUGUUCAGUAUCAACCGCAACCUGAGGGCGAUGAAGGUAUCCCUCUGACAUGCUAUUGCGGUUCUGAGCCUGUCCUUCAAACAUCAUACACUCAAAGAGAUCCAGGCAGGCGGUACUUCACGUGUGACAACGUUUCUGAUGGAGACUGCCACAUCUGGAAAUGGCAGGAUGUGGCAGUUAUGGAAGAGAUGCGUGAGAUGCAGACACAACUGAGGCUGCUGAAGAAUCAAUUCUUUGAGACUGACCAGAAAGUGACUAAGUUACAGAAGAUCGUGGUUGUGUUAAGUAAGAAGAACAUAAAACUGGUCAUGGAAAUAGGAUCAUGUCUACUGGUCAUGGCAAUAGCCGUCAUGGUAAUGGGCUGGUAA